AACAAAAAAAUUUCUCCAUAACACAGAGAGAAACAAACAAAGGUAGAUGCAAAAGUCCUAGUCAACAUUUCAUGACAUAAUAAAAUAAACUUUUUUUUGUUACUAAUGAAGAGUAGGACAACUUUUGCUGAAUUUACUCUUAGAUGGAUUGGGCUAGAUAGAGAUUCUUUCCUCCGCCCAUAACUGCAAAGAAAAAAGUCAAUUCAUCUUCUCAAAAACCUCAUAUGCAAAUGGCAGCAUCAAGAUUUUCAGUUUCACUUUUAAUGGCCCUCCUUUUUGCUCUGUCUGCCUCUUUCCAAUUCAAUGACCCUGAUUGGUAUUUGUGGUUUCCCCUAUAUGCAAUGGCUUGCCUUGUCAACGUGGUCAACGGAGUCACAAAAACAGCCAAAUUUGCACUCUUGAUGGGAAUCAUCUUAUUCCUCAAAGUUGUCAUUGAAGAUGUUCGUUUUCAUCAAAGAAUAACUGGACUUUGGUCGUUCGAUAUGAGGGAGAGACUUGUCAGGGAAAAGCUUGGAAGUGGACUUGUUAUUCUUUCCAUGUCUUUACAACUGCUAAAAUCAGACACUAAUAAUCCUUCACUUGCAAACCAUGUUGAAUUUGGACAAUCAAUUUUGGUUGCAAUAGGUUAUGGCCUGUCCUUUGCUUUCUUAUUGUUCUCAAGGCCAGAAAUGAAGUUUUAAUCUCACUGAUCUUCGCUUUUGUUGAUCCAUGUAAUAAAAACUUCUCCAGUGUACUCAUCCUUCAUAUAAGUAUAUAAACAAGAGACGAUCCGUCUUUAUAA